AUGUCAACACAACAAGGAAAAACUUAUCAAUUUAAGCUUGUACUUUUAGGCGAAUCUGCCGUAGGCAAGUCAAGCUUGGUGAUGCGUUUCGUAAAGGACCAUUUUGAUGAAUACAGAGAAAGUACUAUUGGUGCUGCUUUCUUGGCACAGACAAUUUCUUUGGAUGAUAAUACGACAGUGAAAUUCGAGAUUUGGGAUACAGCAGGUCAAGAAAGAUACAAGAGUUUGGCACCAAUGUACUAUCGUAAUGCUAAUUGUGCUGUUGUUGUCUAUGACAUUACACAAGCUUCUUCUUUGGAUAAAGCCAAGGCUUGGGUGAAUGAAUUACAACGCCAAGCAGAUCCCAAUAUUGUUAUUGCAUUAGCAGGUAAUAAGAGUGAUCUUGAGGCAAGAAGAGCCAUUGAGACAAAGGUAACACAAGAAUAUGCAGAUGAAGCUGGUUUAUUAUUCUUUGAGACUUCAGCAAAGACAGCUGAUAACGUAAAUGCAUUAUUCCAUGCGAUAGCAAAGCGUAUGCCUCUUGACCAGCUCGCAGAUAACUCUCGCGGACGUAACAGAAUGAAUGCUCGUGGUGGUGGUGUUGAUUUGGAAAGCUCAGGAAAUUCCGCUGCUGGUGGUUGUGCUUGUAAGUUCUUGUUCUUUAUGCUAUUGAAGCUCAUGCUUUUUUUGUAG